UUUGCUAGCAUGUAGAUGGGGGCGGGGAGUGGGAAAUAAGAGAGAGAGCAUGUUCCGGAGGAUGCCAGGAUGACUUCAGUUAUUGGAUGACUGCUGCUGAUGGAUGGAGAAAGGAGGAGUAAACCUUUCAGUCUGCACUGACGGAGCUGAAACACAGAAAGCCCGUUUACAGGUACAUGUGACAGCAUUGCAGCUAUGAGUGGAAUUUUAAAGAGGAAGUUUGAAGAAGUUGAUGGCUCUUCAUCCUGUUCCUGUGUGUGGGAAUCAGAUGAUGACAUUUCUAGCAGUGAAAGUGCUGACAGUGGAAAUAAUGUUCAUCCAACAGCCAGUAAUCAUUUUAUCCGUACAUGUGACAGCAUUGCAGCUAUGAGCGGAAUUCUAAAGAGGAAGUUUGAAGAAGUUGAUGGCUCCUCACCUUGUUCCUCUGUGCGGGAAUCAGAUGAUGAAGUAUCAAGCAGUGAAAGUGCUGACAGUGGUGAUAGUGUCAAUCCAUCCACCUCUAAUCAUUUUACCCCUUCUUCAAUCCUGAAGAGAGAGAAGCGGAAGAGAACAAAAAAUGUCCAUUUUAACUGUGUUACUGUGUACUACUUCACAAGAAGGCAAGGCUUCACCAGUGUUCCCAGCCAAGGGGGAAGCACGUUGGGAAUGUCCACUCGCCACAACAGUGUGCGCCAAUACACGCUUGGAGAGUUUGCAAUGGAACAGGAGAGGCUUCACCGAGAAAUGUUAAGAGAGCAUCUAAGGGAGGAAAAACUUAAUUCUCUAAAAUUAAAGAUGACAAAGAAUGGUACAGUGGAAUCUGAAGAAGCUAAUACCCUGACACUGGAUGACAUUUCUGAUGAUGAUAUUGAUCUAGACAACACUGAAGUAGAUGAGUACUUCUUUCUACAACCCCUGCCAACAAAAAAACGAAGGGCACUGCUACGAGCUUCUGGAGUGAAGAAGAUUGAUGUGGAAGAGAAACACGAGUUGCGAGCCAUCCGCUUGUCCAGAGAGGAUUGUGGCUGUGACUGCCGUGUAUUCUGUGAUCCAGAAACUUGUACUUGCAGUCUUGCAGGCAUAAAAUGUCAGGUGGAUCGUAUGUCUUUUCCAUGUGGUUGCACUAAAGAAGGGUGUAGCAAUACAGCAGGUAGAAUUGAAUUUAAUCCUAUCCGUGUACGGACUCACUUUUUGCACACAAUAAUGAAACUUGAAUUGGAGAAAAAUAGAGAGCAGCAAGUUCCUGCACUAAAUGGCUGCCACAGUGAGAUAAGUGCACACACUAGUUCUAUGAGUCCAGGACCCCAUCCAGCUGAAUAUUCAAUCACAGAGAAUUUUGAGAUUGAACCUGAACCGCAGGCUGCAGUUAUGCAUUCUCAGUCAGCCGAGGACUUGGACUGCCCAGGGGAAGAUGAGGAAGAGGAAGAUGGGAGUAGCUUUUGUAGUGGAGUUACAGAUUCUAGCACACAAAGUUUAGCCCCUAGUGAAUCAGAAGAUGAUGAAGAGGAGGAGGAAGAGGAAGAGGAGGAAGAAGAAAAAGCAGAUGAUUUUGUGGAAAGCAUGGGCUCCCAUGCUGACAUGGUGCCUCUUCCUACUGUCCUUUGCUACUCUGAUGGCACUGCUGUGCAUGAAAACCACUCUAAAAAUGCCUCAUACUAUACUAACUCUUCAAAUCUGUAUUACCAAAUAGAGAACCAUGUUGCUGGCACUACUAACCAGAUUGGUGAGACUUACUCAGAAAGAGAUGCUGUCAAGAAUGGUAGUCUUUCUCUGGUGCCUUACAACAUGACUUCAGAACAGUUUGUUGACUACACGCGGCAAUCAGAGGAAACUUUUAGCAGCCCUCAUUACCCUUCUGCAAAUCCCUCAGUGAUUGUUUGCUGCUCAUCGUCUGAAGGUGAUAACAGCGCUCCAUGUAACAGUUUAUACACUGAACAUAGGCCAGGCCAUCCUCAAGUGGAAUUUCACUCAUACUUGAAAGGUCCCUCUCAAGAUGGAUUUGUUUCAGCUUUGAAUGGUGACAGUCAUUUACAAGACCACCCUGCUGAGAAUUCGCUAAACCUCCCAGAAAAAAGCAGACUGCAUGAAGAGUGCAUCAAAUCACCAGUGGUAGAAACAGUACCUGUUUAAUAUUAAAAUUAUUCUAGGACUGAAUUCCUUUAUUAAAUGCACUCAGAUUAGAUUUCCUAGAAUCUUACUUUUUUUAAGAGGUAGACAACACUUGGACUAUGGUCAACGUUCCAGACACUUUUUUUUUUUUUUUUGAGAUACAUUGGCAGUGGCAUUGCACACAGACAGUUCGUGUAAAGAUUAAAGAAACAAACUGUCUUUUGAUUUUAAAAAAAGCAUAAGUAAAAAAAAUAUAUAUAUUCAAAGUAGCCUACCUAUCAAAGUAUGUGAAACCUGCCAAGCUAUGUGAAUCAAAGCUUCAUGUUUUUGAUUGUCGGGCCUGUGCAAGAUUGUUAAAAAUGGUACUUUGAAAUAAUCAUGUUUAGAGUCCUAAUUUUCAACAUAUCUGGAAAGAUGGUGAGUUUUAAUGUAAAAGUAAUUACUGUACAAAAAAUUUUAAUUGUUCUGUACUGUAUGUAUUUAAUUUAUGGUAGUUUAGUACUCAUGUUUUGAUAAAAAUGAACAGCAUGUUCAUUUGAACAGAAGAUCCAUAGCUAAUAACAAAGAGCAUGUCCACUUUUCAUCUGGAGUACCAUGUACUUUUUUUUUUUUUUUUUAAAACACUAUUCCUUGUAAGUUAUCUAGUUAUCUUGAAAUGCAUUUUUAGAGUGUACUCUUUUCUCUUUUUACUGUUCUGGACAAACUGAAGAGUCAGAAAGGGGGCAUUUACAUUUUCUAGAAAGGUGAAAGGUAGACAAUCCGCCAUUAAAAUUAGAAUCAGUGGCAUUCUCAGAACUAACCUCUCCCUCCCCAAAGAAAAAUGAUCUUGUAUAUAAUGGCAAAGCAGUAGUUUAAGCUUACACAGCACCUUUUAGCCCUACAAAACAUUCAGAUAUUUAUGCACUUUAGUGCCAUUUUGCAGUACUUUAUUAACUAUGGGAACUGUGAACUAUUUUGGAGAAAUGCCAUAGCUCCAGACUCUGAGGUAUACGUAACAUAAUAGCAUCCUAAUCAUUGUAACAAAACCGGUAAGUUUUCCCAAGCCAGUUUAUGACUAUUUCAGCAAGCAAUUUAUAAAGACUAAGUCUUGCUGAUCACAGUUUAAAUGAAGCAUGGAAAACAAUGUGAAAAUGUCUAGGUUUUCCUAAAUAUUUAGCAGUUUUUAUAAAAUAUGAGACUGCCUUUUUUUGGACGUCUGAUCAUAUCGCAGAUUUAGAGACCUAAUUAGGUGCAGGAACCUGCAUAUUCAGUGAGAAACAUAGCUUCAGAAAUUUUGUAUCUGUGACAGUUUGCAAGCAAAAUACAAAAGUGCAUCAUGUGGAUAUCAAUUACCUCGUACUCCGUUUUUUUUUAAAUGAAAAGGGAAUUAAAAGAUCUAUGUCUCAACCUUUAAUUUAUUAACUAAAGUUGCUUUCUUCUAGAGAAGGAGAUGCAGGAGCCUGUUUUUCUAUACACUGAUAAUUCUGCCCUGCCUUAUUUUAAUUUCAAAAUUAUUUUGAUAUUUUUUGUUUUUCUAAUACUGAAAUAUUAUUUAUUAUUUAUCCAGUAGUUUGAAAUGUAGACAUGUCUUAUUUGUUGAAUUAAGGAUCAGGAUCUUAACUUUUAUCUAAUCAAAUCUAGAUGGUUAGCAGUAUGCAUGUAAACACAGUGUAAAUUUUAGCUCAUAACAGUGACUCUUCUGGUUAGAAGCUUUUUAUGACAUCAUGUACAAUACUCCAGUAGAAAAGAUUGCCAGACUUAAAAUGCUUUUUAAAAAAUAAGCUUAAUUGUUUUUUUAUGAAAACUGUGCACAAUGAUUUCCAAUUUUUAUUUUUACAUAAAUUGGCAAAAUAUUUUUACUCCAUGUAGUAGCCAGGAAGGGGUUUUUUUUUUUUUAUUUAUUUGUUUCCACACCAAGUCCUACGUGUUUUAUCUUAAAAGAAUUGCAUUAAAAAGUCCUAGCUCUCUAGGGACUGGAUCCACCUUUGCGAAGUAUUCCAUCUCCUGGGUAAGUGCAGUCAUGUUGAUUCUCUGUUCAGCAGUUCCUUGAGCUCUGUUCCUCUUAUUCACAGAACACUCCAGUCUCGUUCUCUAACAGUUGAGUAGCCAGGUAAAUGCAUGUACUCUCCACUCUAUAUAGUAUAUACCCACCUUCAUUUUUAAAGAGAAACAUGUUAGGAACAGUUCAUAAAAAGUUCUGCAUGUAAGAAUGAGAAUAGUAUAAUGCUAUUCAAGAUAUUUUACAGGCAGAUAUAACAAGUCUCUGUAUAUAGGCAUCUUGCAUUAACAGCAGGCUUAAAUCUGGCAAUCUCACUCAACACCAGCACCGAAAGCACAAAUCCCUACUACUUGAGCUGGAAGAGUAGCUGUGAAUCAGUAGCAGCUUUUUAACCUCAGUGUGUGUUGGCCACGGGAGGAUACGAUCAGGCACACUUUACCAGGGUAUUACUCUCAGGGGAAAGUUAAAUGAAAUAGUUUUGUUUCAUUAUUCACCCCGUUACUGAGCAAUAAGAAUUUUUCUUGGUCCCUAUGCUUUCACAUGAGAAAUAUCUUUAAUAAUGUUAGCAAGCACAGUACAUAAUUAACUUUAUAAAAUACAUCUCAGCUAGCUUUAAAAUACUGAGAUGGUGGUUAUUUAAUAUUUCCAUCGCCACAGGCUUCAGACCCAGGAUUCCUUAACAUUAGCAUCUAUAUAAACUGAGUACCCAGAUGUAUAUCUUCUAUGCCACUGUAGCAUCAGAGGUGAAUACAGCUGAAUUCUCCAAAGCAUGCGGCAUAAGCUGACAAGUAGCUGAUACAGUGAGGGGUAAAGAAGGCAGUGGCUAUAUAAAGAGCUUUUGCUAUGCUAUUUUCCCUUGCUUAAAGGAGCUAGUUCCUGGGAACUGAAAAAUAACAUAUGCCUAGUAAAGAUUAAUACUGAGAACAUAAUUACUGGGCCGUGGUGUAGACAGUGUAGAUGAUAGUAAUACCCUUGUUUUGUCCUUCAUGUGGUCUGGUAUUUUGUGAUCCAGAUUUGAUUUCAGGAUACAAACUAAACAAAUCUUGUUUAAUUCUGGGAACAACUUAAAAAGUGAAGUCUGUGUUUAUAAUUGACAGAGAUUUCCUGGUAACUAUACUAAUAAUAUUAACAUGCCUUCUAAGAGAUAUAAAGCUUGUACUGAGGAAAAAAGAAAAAAAAAAGCCUUAAAAAAAAAGGCUUACUACAGCAUGGGACAGAGAAUUUUUUAGCUUCAUUUUUUGGGCUUAUAUAUAAUAAUAUAUGAUGUGUCCAAUUUUCCAGGUAAUUAUCAUUAAUGUUGAUAACCACUCCUUUCAUUAUGGGUAGGCUUAUUUCUGUGCACUGAGUUAUGUUAUUAAAUGAUAAACAUAGAGCAGUGUGUGCUUCUGAAUAGAUCUGGCGCAUCAUUUGUUGAAAUGUUUACUGAUAGCCUGUAUCAGCUUUAUUUCCCAAGGUGUUUAGCUACUAAUAAUUAUUUGUAAGAAGGCAGAUAAUAAACUAGCAGAUAAUUUAUGAUUACAUUUAGGCAGUUCAGAAAAAUUAGUAAUAAGAAAAGCAGUUCCCUCUGUAAGAAUAAAAUAAAUUUCCACACUAAAGAUCACUGAAACAGCACAUAAAAUGGACUGCCUUUUUUCCCAUAAUGUGAACUUUGACUCUCUUAAGAAAUGCAUUGUUAAAGUUUAUAUAUAAAGCUUUAACUGAUGUUUGUUAGAGGUGAAACUGGAACUUUGCUGGCAAAAAGCAAUUAUAGUGAUUGCAAUUGUUUCCUUAGAGCUAUAAUUCAUGCCCACUAGUACAUCCUUUGAAAAUUAAAUGCCGGUCAGUAAAAGUUUCUAGUAUUUCUUUUCAUUUUUUUAAGGAAAAUUUCUGAUCAGCUCUAUUCCAUUCAGAUCAAAAAGUUUUACUAUUUUGCAUUUACACAAGUUGCUGAUCAUGAAUCAGAAUUUGAGUUGACAUCUAUCAUUUCCUUAAAGGCCAUUUGAUUAUUCUUAGUAACCAUCUUCACUUGUUAUAAAUAUGGUUCAGCCCUCUCACUCAUCUGUUAAAUUGUUCUGAGUCAACUAAAAAUAUUAGCCUGCCUUUUGUGCAAGGUCUGUAGAAGCUGCAUGUAGUGUUCAUGGUGGUGUUACUCACAGGAUUACUAACAGCUAUAGAUACAGUUUCUUAUCUUACCUGGGUGUCAUAUUUCAGUAAAUGCCCUAACAAACCAAUCCUGUAGCACCUCUCCCAUCAGUUGAGAGUGUAUCUUCAGUAAGCCCAAUUAGUUGGAUAAAGAUUGUAUACAUACAUUUGUACACAAAACAGAAAAAUGUGUUGUAUUUGAGUAUUUCAGAUGUUUAUGACAUCUUGCUAAAAAUCUGAUCUACUUAAUAGAGAACUGGGCUAGGAAAGAAGAGACCUGGACUCUGUUUUUGGCUUUGCCUUCAUCCAGCUCUGUCACCGCCCCCCCUGCCCCAUGUCACCCCCAUUCUCUGUGCUGUGGUAGUAAGGUACUUGGAUAUGUAGUGAUUAAAAAAAAAAAAAUCUAUAGAUCAGCCAAAAUAUCAUUUGCAUCUUUUUUUGGCAUCAUUACUAAAUUUCUGUAAUACUGAGACACUUUCCCAGUCCAGCCCAAUCCUGCUCAGAAGUGAACAGAAAUUUUACCACAGAGAAGAAAUAUAGCAAAAGCAAGCUCUUCUUUCCAUGGAUCAAGUUAACGAGCAAAAAUUUAAUAAUAAAGUUCACCAUAAAAAUGGGAAAAUUAGAAUAAAAGCUAUGUUGAAUACCUAACAUUUACCUAUAGACUGCUUAACAUUUGAGCAGCAAGACUAGUUUGCCUACAACACCACACAGGGCAGCAAAAGCAGUCUUACUCCCCUGCAUGUCUUCCUCCUUUGCCAGGUUAAUUCCCUGAGUCAAAACUCCAUGCCUAGGCUGCCUCCGAGGCAAGGCAGGUGGCCUUACUCGGAGCUAAAGCAAAAGAGACAUUGGACCCACAAUAUUGUUUAAAGGGCAUUUGCUAAAUAAGAAGCUCGUGUCUGUGCUGUGGUCUAUACUGUAAAGCAGUGUCAUGAGCUGGGCUUAGUUAUUGUGCCAGUUGUUAAAUUUCCUGAAGGAGUCAGGAACAGACAUCAUAGAGGAUGAGAUGAGAAAUCCUUAAAUGUUUAGGGAUGUUAUGCUUUCCUCCUGGGGCUAAAGGGUACCCUCUACUUUAUUAUGGUUACAGAACAUUUGAUGUAAAAUACAUAGAAAAAAAUAGAAUUAACUCAGAGAAUAUAUUCUAUAGAAUUUAUUUCUAAAAUAUUAAAUCUGAUUACUAUUUUUUUAAAAUAGUAGAAAACUACAGUUAUUUUCAGAAAAUAGAUACAUGGAGUCUGGUUUGUUAACAUGUUCCUUAGUGAGUAAGAGAAAUCUCAACAUUUGCCUUUUUGAAUGUUUCCAAAAAUUUCUUUUAAAAAACAAUGUACCUUGUUUAAUUUUGCUGUUCUCAGUAAUCACUGUCUAUGUGCUAAUUAACAAUUGUCUUUUCUCCAAGAGGUGUGCAAUCGAAAGCAAGAACAUUGUGAAGUGAUGAAAAAGUGUGAUUUAGUUGUAAAGACAUCUGAGUGAGCACCUGCUUGAGUUGUUCAUAAGUGCUUCCUGUGCAUUGUCUCUUCCCCCUCCCAAAUCAGAGGCAGUUUUUAACUUGUUUGCUAAUAAAUGUGCCACAAGGUUGUUGCUAUCACUUAAGGAGAAGGAAAGCUAUAAACACCCUUGAGACCUUUCUGCCAGCCUACUAGCUGAUACCACGUUUUGACUUAUUAUAAGCACAUCCAACUUAGGAGACAUCUCAGUGUUUUGUAGCCUUUUGUUUUCCUUCCUCUUUUCACAUCUUUGUCUCUGAGACAGGUUUGUUUUACAGUAAGGCUUUUCAUUAAAAAAAAGGUUUGAAAUGUAUAUGAGGGCAACUCUAGUGUCCUCUGUGCUAUCGUUUACUUUGCUAGAAGAGUUAAUUUUAUGUUUCACUUAACAUUAGCACGCAGAUGGACUGGGACUUCGGGGAAAGCGUACCCUGUAGGCUCUGACUAGAGAGUCUUUGGGGCUGAUCCCAACAAGGUCUGUAGGUGCCCCUACUCCAUGCAUGCAAACAAGCACGAAGGAAACCUACCCCCACCGGCUGCAGAUGUACAGUAUGAGAUACUCACUGUCUCCUAAUGUGCGUAGAUCUAGGGGAAGAGUGUCAGUCUUGAUGUAGCACAGCCCAGUACUGGAUGAAAAAUCCCAAAUAAGGGAAGGCAGAAAAACAUCACCUAGGGAAACAAAAAAUUUCCAUUAAAACUACCAGUGAGACAUUAGCAAUAAAUAAAUAAAUGUAAACACCCUUUUGUAAAAUGGAAGUGAAUUGGAUCUGAAAAAAGGAAAAUUAAAAUGUGUGUGGCUUUACUACUGCAUAGGCUUCAUGGUUAGGAAGAUACCCAGCAUGUAGAAGGUCCCACCAACUGGAGAACCGUAUUCAUGAUGCUCCAUAAUGUUACCACUCAAUUGGGAAGACGAGUCUUUCAUCCAGGCUAGGAAACAAAAAAUCAGAGGGCAAACUUCCAUUUGUUUGCUCAGUUAUUUUCAUUUGGAUCUUAGCAAUGACUCUUUAGCAAGUUUUUUGUUUUUGUUUUUAGCUUUUUUAUAAACCUCAAAUGGAACAAAGUCAAAAGAAGUUUGUCUCAUGUGUGUGUACUUCUCUAACUGUACACUUUUUCAACAACCUGUGAAGACUGGAUUAGCUUUUCUGUAUGGGCGGGAAGAACAAUGGAAGAUAAAUAUCAAUACCACUAUUAUAACCCAAGGAUCAAGACAGUCCUUUGUCUUGGCAUGGGUGGAUACACCCUGGGCAGGGGGGGAGGGGACAACAGAAAGGGCAAUAUAGAGGAAAGGAAGGAAGAAGGCAAGAGGUAGAUUGAUGAGAAGGAAAUUUUUUUUUUCUAGAGGACAAAAGAAAAUAUAACAGAAAAAAAGGAAAUAAAGACAUGCCCAGACAAAAGAUAGACAUGUGUAUGUUCUCUACAAGUUAGGUCAUGUUAGAACAUGAUACGAGUUAUGCCAAUUCAUAUAUUUUAAAACAAAACCAUGAACUCAGUGCAAACAGGAAAUGUCUUUUUUUUUUUUUUUUUUAACAUAACAGUUGGAUGCAGAUAAACAUUAAAUAAAACAUGAUUAUCCAAUAGUACGGGGUAAAAAAAAAAACCAACACAAUGAAACUCUAGAAACAGCAUUACUGUCUUUUCUUUGCCUAUGUCAACUGCAGAGGCAUGUUAAAAUACCGUUUUCGUUAACUCAGCUCCCAGGCAUACGUUCUAACACAACCAAUUUCUCAGAUAACAAGUGACAUUAAAGGCAAAGAAGAAAUAGCUGUCUUUCUUACUAGCAAUUCAGCUUGGGCUUUUCAAAUGAGAUUUAGUACCUUAUUGGCAGCUAAUUCCUCUAGGUUUCACCACCUUAAACUUUUUUUAGGUAUGCAAUUUUGUUUGGGAUUAUGGGUGCAGGUCAACCUUGCUGGGGUACUGGGGCAUUGCUGUAAAAACAGCCACCUAUCUGUGAGUUUCUGGUAUGCAGAUUGAGCACAGAUGUUCAUCUUCUUCAAAAGAUCAUGUCAUUGUGUGCAGCAGCUGGUUCUCUUAAAACAAGACUAGAAAAAAAAGCAUCCUGUUUUUUUCAAACCAUCACACACCAAAUACCGCCACUUUAGUUCUCACAUAACAAUGCCCACAUAAACAUUGCUUAACCACUGGGCCCUUCUUUUAAUUGACUGAUUGUAGGCACUUCUAUGGAAAUAUGUCCGAAGUGUAGUUUGUGAAACGUUAAAAAAGUGUUUGAUGUAAAAUAAGCGCUAGACAUUUAACAGUGCAAAAAUAGUCAAAAUCUGUAAUUACAAAUCCAUUCCUAACAGCCUCAGCCUGUAAUAGUGUCUUAGUAAAGUUGAUCUUUAAGUUACAUUGCAUUCUGGUGUAAUAAUCUUUUGAAAAUAAAUUUGUUAAUACAGAUGUGCUGGUUAAUACCUGCUAACAUAAAACACGGCAUUUCGUUACUUUGAUUUGAUUCCAUCUACAGCCAAUAGAUAGCAAUUCUGGAAAAAAACCCCCAACAUUUAUUAUUACAGUAUUACAGUUCUAUGUUAAGUGUUUUCAUCGUUUUAACAAAUAUGGACUGUGUCAAAUUUACACUGUCUAUUCCAGCUCUGUCUUUCAAAAGAUUCAUCUGUCUGUAUAUCUAUAUAUAGAUAUAUAUUCCCAUAAGAAUAUAAAAUUGCUUUUGAAAUUUUUGUUGGCAAGUAGUAAAUAAUACACUGCAGCAUAGAUUCAAAAGCAUUUAAGUUGAUGGUCUUUCAGACAUGUAGUCCAUUCAAAUGGGACUAGUAAAAUUGUGGUAUAAUUGCAGCCAUAUGUUUAAAAUUUAUACAUUACUUCUAACUUCAGCAAUUUUUGAGAAAAAUAAUUAUGUAAAGGAAUUAAUAUUUUCCAUUCCGUAACGUUAACAUUACAGAUAAUCUUACAUGCUAAAAUUAUGGAGGUCUCAACAGAAAAGCAACAUUUUUAAUUGGACUGCUACUUUAAAACUGUUUGAAGAAGUGAAAGGAAAGAAAGUUCAUCUUAAAAUAUGUACAUGAAAAUAAUUCUACAGCUUCAUGAAUUACACAUUUCCUUUUUAAAAAAAAAAAAAAAAGUUGUAACAUCAAAGAUGCCAAAGGGUAAUAUAAGCUACAAUAAUAUUCAACAGAACGUAACCUAGACCUUAUGUUGUAAUAAUUUAUUCAAAUUAACUGUAUUCUUCUGUAUUUAUAUUUUCAGUAUUUAUUAUGAAUGAUAUGGAAUUUGAUGUAUUUAUUGUGGCUUAUUACUGCAAUGUAUAUAUUACAAAAAUGAGCAUUUUUAAGUCUUAACAUUAGGAUUUUUUGUUAAUUAGUGGCACUUGUAUCGGCUGUAUUUUUAUUAUAUAUUGUACAAUAUAUAUUGUCCAUUUGUUUGCAAUGAAGUAAAACAGGUUUCUACGUUA